AACAAUUAUGUAUUAAAAAUAUAAUUAUAAUUAAAAAUUUUGAAAGAUAUCAUGAGCAUGAUAAAGAUACAGUUUAUAAACCGACAUAUAAUAUUGAAAAAGACACAAUUGAAAUUUUAUUUAAGAAUGAGUUAUCACCAGGAAAUUACACCUUAAAUAUAAAAUAUUUUGGUAUUGCUGAUAAAGUCUUUAGAAUUUUCGAUGUGAAAGAAGAAUCUACUUGGGUAGGUGGUGUGCAUUUCCUGAUAAUAGACGUCCUACCAUUUUCUGAAUAUUAUUCAUGUUUGCAUCCACAUGAACUAUGGUUAAAAGCAACCUUUAACAUAUCUGUAGGAUGUAAUCAAUGCACGGUUAUGACAAAUAUGCCAUUGCAAAAUAUAGAAGUAGAUGAGAACAAUAUGGAAUGGAAGCACUACAAUACCACACCUCUAAUGCGGACUGAUCACGCAACAAUAAUUGUGUCUAAUUACCUAAUCCCUAGUGAUAUAAAAACUCGCAAUAUUGAAAAGCGGUGCGGUCAUGGAUUGAACAUAGAAACUGGGAAAAUUACAGAUCAAAAUAUUAUGUACAUAUCCUGUCUUGAUAGCAAAAUUCAAAACAUUACAAUAUGGUGCAGAAACGAAUUGCAAUUUUACAUGGAAUAUACAGAAAAUGUAAUUAAAAAUAUCACGUUGUUUCUAAAUAAUAAUUGGAAACAUUCGAACAUUAUUUCGAAAGUGGAUCAUGUUGCAAUUCCAAAUUUCCAUGACAAAGGCACAAUAGUUUUCGGACUUGUUUUUUAUAAGGAAACCGAUAUCAUCUACGAUAAAAAUGUAUAUCCUGUUGCUCACAAAAUCGAAGUAGCUCAAUUAGUAGGACGUAAAGUGACACAACAAUGGUUUAAUAACAUGAUGAACAAUCCGUUAGUGUCGGAUUUUUGGUUUAAAGACGGUCUUAUUACAUUGCUUGCAACGUAUUCUGUCAAUAAGAUUUAUUCUGAUGACAGAAUAAUAAAUUUAUUUGUAGUUCAAGAUCAACAUUACUGUUUUAAUUUGAAUGGUUUUUAUAUGUGGCCUUCUACUUCACAAGAUGACAGUUUAUUGAAAAUUCGCAAAUCUAUCACAGCACCUUUUAUAUUGCGCAUGUUGCAACACGUCCUCACCGAAGAAACAUUUUGGAAAUUCAUUCGCUCAUAUAUAAAUAGCACGUGAGUAAUUCAAUAUAAAAUAUAAUAUCAG